CCAGAAAACUACUUACGUACAGUUGGAUUACACUUAUUGUCCUCUUGUGCAUUAUAAAAACUGUAUCUGCAGGGCAUCACCAUCACCAUCAUCAUGAUAGCGACGAUGAAAGUGACACAUGACAAAAAAGAAGCAAAACCAGUUGAUUUAACUGAAACUAUUACACCUCAUAAUGAAGAAUGGCUGAAAGAGUUUGACUUAACAGAUAUUGUAGGCAAUGUCCGUCCCGUUGGCUCCGGUAUUUGUAAAGCACCAAAAUGUGAUGGCACAGACAAUGAUGAAUGCUUUGAAAGCUGCGGAAACAAAGCAACACCCGAUGAUAUCUAUGGUUGUCCUGAACGAGACAAUUGGGCUCUUACUUUUGAUGAUGGUCCUAGCAAUUUCACCACCGAUUUACUCGAUAUUCUUGACGAAGCUGAUAUCAAAGCUACUUUCUGUAUCAUGGGUGCUCAUGCCAAACAAUAUCCUGAGAUUGUCAAGAGGGCUUAUGAAUCUGGACACCAGAUUGCUUCUCACACUUACUCUCAUGCACACUUGAUGAGCUUGACAAACGAAGAAAUUAUUUAUGAACUUAGAGCAACUGAAGAAGUGAUCAAAGAAAUUAUUGGUAUCCGACCUCGUUAUAUUCGUCCUCCUUAUGGUGAAGCUGACGCCCGUGUCAAGCAAAUCUUUAAGAAACUAGGCUACAAGGCAUUGAUGUGGAAUGUUGAUCCUACUGACUACAAUGUCCAUAUGUUACCUGAUGGUGCUCAGCAAAUUCAACAGAUGUUUGAUAAAAUCGCAAGCGGAACCCCUAGUAACCUAAACGCUCAUAGUGAUCCUGGCUUUAUCAGUCUUCAGCAUGAUUUGUACAAUACUUCAAUUCAACAAGUACCCAAAAUCAUUGAAAGCUUAAAAGACAAGGGAUUUUCAUUCUCAACAGCUGCUCAAUGUGUAGGAGACAAGAAGCCUCAUAGAAAAGGUGAUCGCUCUGAGGAUUCUGACUAUGGCUCUGAUGAUGAUGAUGAUGAUGAUUAUCAUGAAGACAAGCUCAAGCAAAACUCCGCUGAAUCAUUCUCUGAAAUGAAAGCAAGCCAACAACAAGAACAAUCCCAAAUGUCUUCUGCCGGCUCCUUGUCUUCUUCUUUCUUUGUAACCCUCGGGUUGGCUAUUGCUGGUCUUGCCAAUUGCCUUAUUUAAGUCACAUUUUUAUAUUUAGAAUAUUACAACAAUAAAAUAUUUAUUUAUGUGUAAUUCACUCCAUAAUUCAUAAUAUCAUAAAAAGCUGCUACUUAAUCGAAGUGUUAUAGACUGAUAGUUAUGUUAUACAAAAAAAA